UUGGAAACGUUAACCAGCACAAGGCACGUCAGCGAUAAAAAAAUAAAAAAUAAAAUUCCUUGUUUAGAUUUCUUUAAUAACGGGAAAUGUGAAUAUUAGGCACGUAGAAGCUGGCUGUAUGUAAUGCCAAAGUUGUAGCGGAAAGGUAUUGUGGGUAAUGAAGUCUUUUACUCGCCUUCCGCAAUUCGAUGCUCAAUGUUUUUCUUAAUACGUUGAAGUACAGUACUAGUAUUUACAAUUAUUUCUCCAGUUCAAUACCUUUAUUUAAGAUUGUAUUUUUUUAUUUAACUUAAUUUAUCUGACAGCCACAUGCAAAGACACUGACAUAAUUUUGUUGUUGUGAAACAAAUUGAAAAAUAAGCUAACAUCAUAAGCAAUCGCUAUAUUUUCCAUUUUAAAAUAUAUUUAUAUCAUAUUUUAAAAUGACAAAGUCUAAAUCAUUAUUUUUAUUGUAACACUCUGUGUAAUACUGUUAUUUUUUUCUUUUUUUUUUGCGUGUUUCCUCUACAGUGUCUCUCUCUCUUUCUCUUUUUUACUUGAAUUUUUUUUUCUUUUCUUCUUCAAAUAGCUAUAUCAGCCUCCUGUGUGAUUCACUCAUUCAACACAUGCAAUGUAAGGCACUGGAAGUACAUUAACUUAAUCCCUUCUAUCUGGCUCAAAGGACUCAAACCUUUGCAGUAAGAAGGCGCAGCUGAAGAUGGAACACCGCACGUGUUUCUGCCUGUCUUUCGGUAAAGCUGAGAAUUCUGAAGGCCAUUCAGUAUUUUAGAAGAAAAAUGGGCCCAGUGUUUUAUCACAGCUUCUACAUGUGGCUGCUCUGGCUACUAUAUGCAGACAUUUUGACAAGUGAGAAUAUCAGUGGAUGCGAACUGCAGCCGUGUCGAAAUAACGACCCCCUGUGUGAUUCACUCAGGGGAUCGAAGGACCACGAAUGUGAGUGCCCCAGACCAUAUGAGGGACACAACUGUGCCGAGGAGUAUGUACCUGCAAGAUUUGGAAACAAAGACCUAGACAGUCACGCCGUGUUCUACCUGGAUGAUGAUCCACGUGAUACCUUGGUCGUAUCCAUGUUCCUUCGUACCAGACGACUCGGUGGCUUGCUCCUGAUUCUGGCCAACAGCACCAGUCAAUACCUCCGCCUGUGGGUGGAAGAGGGCAGGGUCAAAGUUCAGGUCAACAACCACGAGACAUUGUUCAGUCAGAAGGCUGUGAACGAUGGCCAUUUCCAUUUACUGACUUUGACGGUGCGCGGUAUCACGUCCACCUUGUUCCAGUCGAGCCAAGUCAUGGAUUCUGUCUCCGUGAAGCCCGUCCAUGCCCACUCUGGGGAUCUGGUGUUCAUUGGUGGGCUGCCGGACCAAAAGUCCUCUGCAGAGUUUGGAGGCUUUUUUCAGGGUUGUUUGCAGGACCUGAGAAUUAACAACAAAAAACUGCAGUUUUAUCCCCUGGAUACUUCAGUGAAAUCCUACCGCCUGGAGAAACUCGUGAACGUUGAACGAGGAUGCAGCAGUGACGACAACUGUGCUGUCAGUCCUUGCCUUAACGGGGGGGUUUGUCACUCCACAUGGGACGACUUCACCUGUACUUGCCCCCUGAACACAACAGGGCGGCGGUGUGACAAAGUUAAAUGGUGUGACUUGAAUCCCUGCCCCAACGGCACUAUUUGUGAACUCCGCCUGGAGGGCUUUGAGUGUUUGUCUAAUGUGACACUCCAUGACAAGAGCAGCAUUUUGCACUACCAGAGCAAUGGAAAAAUCAGCCACUCGCUUGCUGACGUCUUACUGAGCUUCUGCUCAGGACAGCCCACUGCCACUCUACUGUUUGCCCAGCGGGGCUCUGCCCACCUCGCAGUGUUUCUCAGAGACUCUCGUUUGGUGAUGGAGCUGAAGACGGGGCACGGCAACGGUACCGUCGUGCUGACAGUUCAGAAUGAACGUGCGGUCAGCGAUGGAGUGUGGCACACUGCGAAGAUCAGCAUGGAGAGCAAGAGCUCCAGGUGGAUCAUGGACGUGGACGGAGACCAGAGGGAGAGAAGUAUUUCUGGGGGAAACCUGGAUUUUUUGAAGGAGGAGGGAACGGACAUAUUUCUGGGUGGGAAAAACCGAGAAAGUGAAGGGAAAUUCUCCGGUUGUCUGGGUUCAGUAGAGAUUGGAGGUCUUCUUCUGCCUUUUCUCCAGGACACAGAGCUGAACCUCCCUAGACCUCAGAAGGAACAGUUUGUGAAGGUCAACAGCGAUGAUGUCCAGCGGCCGUGCAGCUUGUGUCAACUGAGGCCUUGUCAUAAUAACGGCAGCUGUGUUACUGUCCCUAAAGGGUUCAAGUGCGAGUGCCGACCCGGGUACAGGGGGGAACUCUGUGACGAGGAAGUCGAUACGUGCGUAAACAACAACUGCAGCCGCGGUUCAACUUGUCUCAGGGGCUUUGAGACCUACACGUGUCUCUGUCCUCGCAACAUAACAGGACAAUACUGCGAGGACAAAGUUCCUGAACUCCCCUGGUACAUCGAGAUGGAUCCUCUUCCUCAGUUGCCUGUGGCCAAGUGUGAGGGUGCAAGGUGGGAAUACAACUGCUAUCACGGAGGGACGUGCUCUGAAUCCAACAACACUUGUCACUGCCUGCCUGGAUUUACUGGACGCUGGUGUGAGACGGACGUCGACGAAUGUGUCUCGGAGCCGUGCAUGAACGGCGGUGUCUGUGUCAACCACGUGAACAGCUUCCAGUGCGUGUGCGAUCUGAAUCACUCAGGUGUACACUGCCAAGUCGAUGUCAGCGACUUCUACGUGUACCUCUUCUUGGGCGUGUGGCAGAGCCUCUUCCAGGCGGCGUCGUACCUCCUGAUACGCCUCGACGAUGAGCCGGAAAUUGACUGGGUAUUUCACAUCAACGACUAAGACCCCUUUUUGGACUCCUAAAGUUGGAACUCC